GUUGAGUGCGCUCACCGUCCAGAAGGUAACAGGUGUCCGCUGCUCAAAACACAAAAGAGACCAAAACGUGGAUCUAAUGCCGGAGUUUGAGGUGGAAGGUGACCGGUAGAAAAGUUUUGGAGAAGCCAACAAAGGGGCAGAGUUCAAAAGUUUAAACCCACCAGGGGCUCCAUGUGAAACCCACCAAGUGAGACCGUGAGCCUCCGACCAUGAAGAGGACCAAGCAGAUCGACAUCCGGCGGGCCCUCGCUCUGGCCAGCGCCUUCAACUUCCUGUGCUCGUGCGCCAGAGCCUGCCUGCUCCCCUUCCUCACCCUGUACUUCCGACAGCUGGGUCUGUCCCCCGCGAUGACGGGCGUCGUCAUGGGCACCAAGCACCUCGUGUCGCUGGUGUGGAGCCCCGUGGCGAACCUGCUCUCCAAGCACUACGACAAGAGGCGCGUGGUGAUAAACGGCUCUCUCGUGUGCUCGGCAGCGGCGGCUCUGGUCCUGCUGCUCGUCCUGCCGACGGACGUGCGCCCGCAGGCCGGCAGCUGUAACGUGUCUGAUCCGCGUGGCGGGCCGACCCAAAGUCUGGGUGGAGACCUGCUCGGGAGCAGCGUUGCACCCUCCGUACCCUCAGCUAGAACUCACACCAACACGGCUCCCGUCUCCCAGUCCGGGGUCACUUCAACUGCGAAGACACUUUCCGAUACUAAAACCGCACUUCAUCAUCAUCAUCAUUCUCAUCAUAAUCAUUCCCAUCCUCAGCUGCCAGCAUUGAAUGCAUCAGUGGUGGUCAACGACAGUGCUGGAGAACCGGAGGUCGGCGGCUCCUUUAUGCAGCACCCCACCACCUCUUCGGCAGCUCCAGUGAGGAGUAAGAGGUCAAAGUACAGCUCGGGGUCAGAAGAGCAGCUUGGAGAAAGGAAGACGGAGGAAAAGACGGGGGAAAAGGAGAGGCGUUUUGACUUUCUGGGCAGCCUGAAGGCGAUGGACCCUCAACACUGGCUCUUCUUCCUGACACUCAUCAUCGUGUUGGUGUGGGAGUGCGCGUCAGCCCCUCUGGAGUGGACCGCAGACGACGGCCUGUAUGAGUAUCUGGACUCCGCCGAUGCCUCAGACCGCUACGGCAGCACCGGGGUGUGGGGUCUGCUCGGGGCGGCGUGUGGGGUCGGGGGAGCGGGCUUGCUGGUUAGCAGGCUGAGCUGCCUCGUAGCUGGCGGGGUCUCCAGGAGCGCGGUGCACUUCUACUGCUACGCCGCCCUGGCAGCCGCGGCCCUCCCUGUGGCUGCGUACCUCCCCCUCUACCUGAACAAAAAGCGAGACCGGGCCAACGGGCUCCUCAAGGCCGUGCGGCUGGUGCACGGCUCCCCCCGCGCACUGCUCUGCGCCAUCACCGCCCUGCUUGCCGGGGUGGCGGGGUCCGCCGUGGACAACUUCCUCCUGUGGCAGAUGCAGGACCACGGGAGCAACGAGCUGCACAUGGGGAUGUCUCUAGCCGUCGCCCAUGUCUCGCAGGCCGUCUUCCCUCUGCUGGCCGGCCGGUUUUCCAAACUCCCCAGCUCGGGACAGGUGCUCGUCGUUGCAGCCGCGAGUCUCGGCUUGCAGUGCUUCUAUUACUCCUUCCUCUGGGGGCCGUGGGCCGCGGCGCCCGCCCAGGUGUUGAGCUGCUUCAGCGGCGGGGCCCUCUGGUGGGCCGUGAGGGUCCAGUGCGAGGAUGUGGCCCCGCCGGGGGCCGAGAGGAGCGUGAGGAGGGUCUACGUUGCACUCUCUCUGCAGCUGGGAAACGGGCUGGGGAGCUUCGCCGGAGGCUUCGUGGCCCAGAGGUUCGGGCUCACGUGGCUGUUCAGAGGAGCGGCGGUGGGCCUGAUGGCGUGGUGCGCGUGCCUGCCUCUGCUCCAGUGGAGUGCCCCCCGCCAGCGCAGGAUCAACUACUCUCGGCUUUUGGCGGCGGAUGCGAGCGAAGCCAGCGACUCCGAGUCUGACCAGGAGAGAGACUGGCUGGAAAGAGCGAUGGAUGACGACAGAAGCCGCAGCAGCAACAACAACUAUGGACGGAGGAUAAACCAUUAACCUCUGCAGUGUGAGAGUAAAGGACGCUUCAGAGAGUGCAGUAGCCUACAUAGAAUGCAUUUACAUAGAAUAAUUUCUAUCAGUGUGGAAAUAAUAUAUUCAUGAUAUAUUUAACUCUCAUCAGUGCUCAUAAGAUUCAUCAGCUGUUCUGAUGGACUCGAGGAUUCAUCUCUGUGCCACCUGAGCCUUCACAAAUGAACGUUACCAUGAGCGAUUUAGUUUAUUCUAAAGCAAACAAAGAAGCAGAAUGAAGGGCGGGCAGAAGGACUCAACAGAAACACUGAGCCUCUUUCUGUUGAGUGUAAACACCAGAGGUGUGCACAAGGUGAGGCUGGACUAGGAUGGCCUCCUGUUCCACCACACCCACACAGUCUGUUUAUCUACAGCUAAAGUCUCUGUCGUCCUCCACUGUGGGGGGGGGGGUUUGGACUCUGUUUGGACUCUGUGUGAACUGAUGAUACUAUUAACCAAGGGUUGUUUAACUGCAGGGAGCUCAGCACAUUAAAACUGUGUCGUAAGAUUCUGGUGUCAUGAAGCUGUGACGUGUUCGUCUAAUCUGCAUUUCCAAAGUGAGUUUAUUUUUCUGACGCGUUGUCUCAAGUUAAAAAAAAAUGCAAAAUGUGAAUUAAAUGUGUCGUUUUCUUUCCUCCACAGAGCUUCUGUAUGUCUCUGUUGUAUUUGAAAGUCUUCAACCUGUUAGUGAAGAGUAGCAUCUGUGACUCCAGCAUUAGCUCCUCUCCAGUAG